CACUAUCUCCCUCUCUCUCUCAAGGCUGCAGUAAUAACAAUUUGCUGCCCUAAAAUUCAAGUAUAUUCAUUGCCCAUUUUUCUUUAAUUUCAGAUUCAUGUCAGAUUUCUUUGGGUUAUCUUUCUGAUUCAGUUAAAAAAUAAGAAAUUAAUUAGGUUAAACUGAACCUUUUCCUGUGGUUGCAGCUGCAACAAUAGCAAGAGGGACAAUGGCGACAAGAGCAGCUGCAACUUCAUUGUUGAGUAAUUCUCCAUUUUUCUCCUCUUCAUCUCGGAGAACAACAUCUCGAAAUGAAUCUACUGUCAAGUGUUUCACCAUUGUUCGGUGCUCCGCUUCUCUAUCUACCUCAAAUGGCUCUAUUGACACUCCUCUAGGUGUUAAGGAUAGACCAUGGAAGAUAGCAGAUGCAAGACUUGUGCUUGAAGAUGGUUCUGUAUGGAAUGCUAAAUCUUUUGGUGCUACAGGGACUCAAGUUGGUGAAGUUGUGUUCAAUACAUCUUUGACAGGGUACCAAGAGAUUUUGACGGACCCUAGUUAUGCUGGCCAAUUUGUUUUAAUGACAAAUCCUCAUAUUGGAAAUACAGGAAUUAACCUAGAUGACGAAGAGUCACAACAAUGCUUCCUUGGCGGUUUAGUUGUCAGAAGUUUAAGUCCGAGCACUUCGAAUUGGAGAUGCACAGAACCCCUGAGUGAUUACUUGGCUAAAAGGAACAUCAUGGGAAUAUAUGAUGUGGAUACACGUGCAAUUACUCGUAGACUAAGGCAAGAGGGAAGUCUUAAAGGUGUACUUAGCACAGAUGGAUCAAAAACUGACAAAGAUCUUCUUGAUAUGUCUCAUAAUUGGGAUAUUGUUGGUGUCGAUCUCAUAAGUGGUGUUACCUGCAAUGCUCCAUACGAAUGGGUGGAUAAGACAGGUUCAGAAUGGGAAUUCAACACUAGCGAUAGUGUUGGGAAGAGAUUUCAUGUUGUUGCGUAUGAUUUUGGGAUCAAGCACAACAUAUUAAGGCGCUUAACGUCGGCUGGAUGUAAAAUUACUGUGGUACCCUCAACAUGGAAAGCCUCAGAGGCUCUUAAGUUAAAUCCAGAUGGAGUUCUUUUCAGUAAUGGUCCAGGAGACCCUUCUGCAGUUCCCUAUGCUGUCGAAACAGUAAAAGAAAUAAUCGGAAAAGUUCCUGUUUUUGGUAUUUGCAUGGGUCAUCAAUUGAUUGGUCAGGCAUUGGGUGGUAAAACCUUCAAAAUGAAGUUUGGUCAUCAUGGAGGAAACCAUCCGGUUCGUGACAUCCGUAAAAACCGUGUCGAAAUCAGCGCUCAGAAUCACAAUUAUGCAGUAGACCCUGAAUCGCUUCCAGAAGGUGUACAGGUGACACAUAUCAAUCUAAAUGACGAUAGCUGUGCUGGCCUCGCUUUCCCUGCGUUAAAUAUCAUGUCACUUCAAUACCAUCCUGAAGCAUCUCCUGGACCUCAUGACUCUGAUUCUGUUUUUGGGGAAUUCAUAACUUUGAUGGAGCAAGCCAAAUUAUAAGACCUCCAUGGUUUCCUCCUUCGAAAAAGCUCAGCAUGUAGGUGGAAGUUGACUACCUAGCAGAGAGAGUUUGAAUAUACUCAAACCAUCUUUAUAUUUUUAUGCUCAAUUUUUUGUUGUAAUCUUUCUUGUCUGUCGUGUUUAUAAACUUCGGCAAUGUUUAUUAUAUGCGUGUAACGCAUGUUAUACAAGCAAUGACGAAAGGUUAUUUGAUUUUCUGAGUAGGUGUAGAAACAUUAGCAAGGGAAAUCAUCAGAUUAUAUC